AUGUAUCAACUAUGGGGAGGAUGCUUCGAAGAAGAACCCUCUAAAGUACUACGGAGAUUAAAUGACUCACUGCCGAUAGAUAGUCGAUUGUUCCGUGAGGAUAUCCAAGGAAGCCGAGCCUGGGCUGCUGAACAGAAUUUAAGUGGAUUUCUCUCAAAGGAUGACCACGAAGCUAUUCAAGAUGGACUCAAUAAGGUAGAAAAGGAAAUUAAAGAGGAGUUUUCAAAAGAUGGUCGAUUGGAAGAUUCUGAAGAAGACAUUCAUGCGGUCGUAGAAAAACGUUUGUUCAGGUAUGCUGGCGACGCAGCCCUGCGUCUGCAUACGGCGAGAAGUCGUAACGAUCAGUCUGCCACCGACACAAGACUUUGGAUGCUGACGUCUUUACCGCAUUUACAGAUUAGUCUUAAGGAACUGAUCAGUGUCCUAGUCAACCGUGCCAAAAGUGAAAUAGACAUUAUCAUGCCUGGUUAUACGCAUCUCCAACGCGCCCAGCCCGUACGAUGGAGUCAUUUUUUACUGAGUCAUGCAUGGGCCUUGCGUGACGAUGUUAUAAGACUGAAGGAACAAACAACUCGACUGUCACGGUGUCCAUUGGGCAGCGGAGCUAUUGCUGGUUGUGCUUUAGCGAUUGAUAGAGCAAGACUUGCUCAUAGCUUGGGGUUUCAAGAUGUUACACCCAAUUCUAUGUUUGCUGUCAGUUCCAGGGAUCACUUUGUGGAAUUCUUCAAUUGGGCAUCGCUAUGCAGUCUACACCUCAGUAAAAUUGCAGAAGAUCUUAUAAUAUACAGCUCACAAGAAUUCGGCAUCAUAAGGCUGUCUGAUCAAUUUUCAACAGGGUCAAGUUUGAUGCCCCAAAAACGGAAUCCAGAUGGCUUGGAACUAAUUCGUGGUGCUGCAGGUCUGUUGCUUGGAAAUGCUAUGGCAUUCAGCUGUACACUUAAAGGAUUACCAAGCACCUACAACAAAGAUUUACAAUCAGAUAAAGAACUUUUGUUUAAAUCUUUUGACAAAUUAAAUGACUGUUUGAAAGUUGCUGUUGGUACCGUCGCCACCAUGGAAAUCAACAGCAAAAGAGCUUUAGCAUGUUUGGAUCCAGGCAUGCUUGCAACAGACUUAGCUCAUGCUUUGGUUCGACGUGGAGUGCCUUUUCGCCGCGCUCAUCAUUUAGUUGGAGUUGUCCUCCGCCGAGCUGCAGCACUGGGAGUUGAUCUUCAAAAUUUACAUCACCACGAAUAUUAUAACAUUUGCCCCGAAUUUGGAACUAAAGAAGAACUGCAGAGUAUUUUCUCAUGGGAGACGAGUGUGGAGCAGUACACCAGUGUAGGGGGAACUGCUAAGGCUGCGGUGAAUCUGCAGUUGAACAUGCUGCGCACUUGGCUUGACGCCGAGGAAAAAAAUUAUUACUUUAAGCCAAACAGAAUGAUUUGUACAGUACGAAUUGGAACGUUUUUGUUGCUGGCACUGACAUUCGUGUGUCGAGUUUCAAGCAGUGAAUACAACGUUAACCCUGAUCUAAGAACUUUGUCUGAAGAAGAAUUAACAGAACUAGUACCUUACAUGGCGAAAGAAUAUAUGCGCCAUAUUCAUUCGCUGAUGAACGCGCAGAAAGCUGACAUGGCGAGUAAACGAAUGGUGACCGAAACAAACGCCCUUAUAGACACCAAAUAUAAAACCUGGAAGCGCAACGCAGAUCUAAUCAAUUCGAUUCUUGCAUUGCCUAAAGGCAUGAACGACGCAGGGCGUUAG